AUGACUAAAGAUACUCUUCUUUUCACUGGUGCCACUGGCAUGAUCGGCUUUAGGACCUUGAUCCUCCUGCUGCAACAAGGUAGUUUCAACGUGCGCGUCGCUGUGCGCUCGCAGUCAAGCUACGACAAGCUUUUGUCUUACAAACCACUCGCUCCGUAUACAUCGCAGCUAGAAAGCGCAAUCGUCCCCGACAUUACGGUCCCUGGUGCUUACGAUGAGGCCGUCAAGGGCGUCACACACAUUAUUCAUGUCGCGUCUCCCAUUCCCGGCCCGGACACAGCCGAUUUCGAGACCGAUUUAAUUCAGCCGGCCAUUCAAGGCACCGUGGGCAUUCUUCAAUCUGCACACAAAGCCGGCGGCGUCAAGAAGGUUGUCAUUACUGCUUCCGUAGCUGCCAUUGCAACAUCCGAGUACACAGUAACUGGGGCGACCAUCAAUGAGGACACCAGAGUGACUGACACAAAGAGGCCCUUUGCGAACCCGUUUGCUGCGUACACUGCAUCCAAGGCGCUGUCGUUUCAGGCAACCGACGAUUUUAUUUCCAAGCAUAAGCCGGCAUUUAACAUCGUCCGGAUCCUUCCUACCUUUGUCAUUGGUCGCGACGAUACGGUCACGGACGUCUCGCAGAUCGCUAAAGGCACUAAUGGCAUGGUGAUGGGCCCUCUCCUGGGGUAUGCGCGCGAAGGAAAGUUGUCUGGCGGCACUGUGCAUAUCGACGACGUUGCUAAACUGCAUGUUCUGGCUCUCGAUCCUGCCAUUUCUGAUAACCAGAGCUUUCUCGCCAGCAAUCCUGCUUCCAUCGAAUGGGCUGAAUCAUUUGACAUUGUCAAGCGCAGAUACCCUGCUCAAUAUGCGGCCGGAUUAUUCAAGCUUGAUUCGAUCGCUAGGCCAGAGUCUGGGCCUUCCCAUGUCGACACGUCCAAGGCGACAAAGACAUUCGGCAUUCAGUUCAAGUCCUUCGAGGAGCAAGUUACCUCUGUCGUUGAUCACUACCUGGAGUUGGCUGGGGCGAGCUAG